CUUUCAAACAGACCACUGCGCAUGCGCCGCUGCUUGCGCACUUAGGGACGACAGGACACUUCUUUAGCAUCUUUUUCAUCUAUAAAUAAUAAAAUAUGGCGGGGAAAAGGGCUCUGGUGAUCCUGUCUAAAGGUGCAGAGGAGAUGGAGACGGUUAUUCCAGUGGACGUGAUGCGUAGAGCCGGGAUUGCAGUGACUCUUGCAGGAUUAACAGGUAAAGAGCCAGUCCAGUGCAGCAGAAACGUGGUUAUCUGUCCUGAUACCAGUCUGGAGGAGGCAAGCAAACAGGGCCCUUAUGACGUGGUGCUGCUUCCUGGAGGGAUGCCCGGAGCCCAGAAUCUGGCAGAGUCACCUGCUGUGAAAGAGGUGCUGAAGGAGCAGGACGGGAGGAAAGGUCUGAUCGCAGCCAUCUGUGCAGGUCCCACGGCUCUUUUGGCUCAUGGUAUUGGGUUCGGCAGUACAGUCACCACUCACCCUGCCAUGAAGGACAAGAUGAUGGCCGGAGAUCACUAUAAAUAUUCCGAGGCCCGCGUGCAGAAGGAUGGACAUUACAUCACCAGCCGUGGGCCAGGAACCAGUUUUGAGUUUGCUCUCACCAUCGUCGAAGAACUUAUGGGGGCUGAAGUCGCAGCUCAAGUCAAAGCUCCUCUUCUGGUGAAAGACUGAGUGGAGAGAUGAUACUUCUUACACUGAUACACACUUUGCACUUGCCCGGCAGGGUUUAACGCUGGCACUUCUAAUCCAUUAUAGUUGGCACAAACAGUCAAUGUCACUAGUGCCAUAUUGCUAUUCCAGGGGCUUAUGAUGCUACUUUGUUUUGCUAAGUGAGACAUUAAAGGUGCCCUUGUUGUCAAAAUAUGGAUGAAUGAAUAUGCAAAGCUUUCGAAAAUGUAAUAUAUUUUGGUUCAGAUGCCCUUCCCUUGACUAUGACAGUGAUCUAAACUCAUUCAGUCAUCAAAUUUGUCAUUGGCGUUCAUUAAAGCAUUCAAAAGGUAAAGGUC